AUGUUCCAUCUUUAUUGCCUUUAACCUAAAACCUCUGUCCGUGAGACUCCGACGAAAGAAGCUAGAAGCCCCUCUCUCUUUCUCUAACGCAGCUGAAGAUUGAGAUUGGGACUGAGCAGUAUAUUGACCGAAUAACAUCAGAGCUUUACUAUUUUAGAAUAGAAAAGGCUAAAAAUGGGAAGGGAGAGAGAACCCCAAAAGCUGCAGCAACAGCAGCAAGUCUCCUACACUGUCGAGCAGCUCGUAGCCGUCAAUCCCUACAAUCCAGAUAUCCUCCCCGAUCUCGAAAACUAUGUUAAUGAACAGGUUUCAUCACAAACCUACAGUCUGGAUGCGAAUCUAUGCCUUCUUCGCCUAUAUCAGUUUGAGCCAGAGAGAAUGAGCACCCAAAUUGUUGCUCGCAUCUUGGUUAAGGCAUUGAUGGCAAUGCCAGCUCCAGAUUUUAGCCUUUGCCUGUUUUUGAUUCCUGAACGAGUGCAAAUGGAGGAACAGUUCAAGACAUUGAUUGUUCUCUCACAUUAUCUGGAGACGGGAAGGUUCCGCCAAUUCUGGGAUGAAGCAGCCAAGAGUCGCCACAUUGUUGAAGCUGUGCCAGGUUUUGAGCAAGCAAUCCAAGCAUAUGCAAUUCAUCUGCUUUCUCUGACUUAUCAAAAGGUUCCCCGUUCUGUUUUGGCUGAGGCUAUCAACAUUGAAGGUUUGUCAUUGGACAAAUUUCUCGAACAACAAGUGGCUAAUGGCGGUUGGAUUAUAGAGAAGGGGCAUGGCAGGGGCCAACUAAUUGUCCUUCCCGGCAAUGAAUUUAACCAUCCUGAGCUGAAGAAAAACGCGGCAGAUAGCAUACCAUUAGAACAUAUCACUCGAAUCUUCCCUAUUCUUGGUUGAACUCUUUCUAGGGACCAGGAAUUGUUUGAAUUUGGUCUUGUCCUUAGUUUUACAUUGUCUGCAUCUCCAAAUCCACAGUAUCUCAUGCUUACUGCUUAAUUAUGAAACUUGUUUUUUGUUUUCACAUUUAAGUUUCAAAGUCCAGAAACAAGAUAGCAAGAUUAAGAACUUGAUGUUCGUCAUUACAAUUCUUUAUUUUAUCGAUGCAUGUAUUUAGUUUAGUUUAGAAAUCAAGUUUUUAUACCAUUCUCUCUUUGAAA